AUGGCGGUCCAAACGGCAUGCAGUAUGGUUCUACUGGAAACGGUUGUUCUCAACGUUGUUGAUGAUCAUGGCAGGGAACACAAGGCUCGUGCUCUACUCGACUCGGCGUCAAUGUCCAAUUUCAUCUCCGGUCAGUUAGCGAAGGUUCUCCUCAGCCGUCGCACCAAGGUGGACAUUUCGGUCGCAGGAAUCGGUCUCUCAACGCAAAGGGUGAAAAAUGCCAUCACCGCCUCCAUUGAAUCGAGAACUCAGCCAUUCUCCACUAAGCUCGAGUUUCUCAUUCUGAAGCAGCCAUCCGCAGAGCUGCCGACCAUGCCGGUCGAUACGUUGGCGUGGAAAUUCCCGCAGGUUGGAUUAGCAGAUCCACAGUUCCACGUCCCAGGAAAGAUUGACCUGGUCAUCGGAAGUGAGGCCUUCUGGAAACUUCACACCGGUAGGAAGAUCUCGCUCGGUAACGGUCUUCCGUGGGUAGUCGAAACACCAUUCGGAUGGGCGGUCUCUGGUUCCGCGUCCAAUGGAUCUACCUGCAUUCCCCGGAUCUGCAAUCUCUCCAUUACCAAUGAAGAUUUGGAAGCCACACUUCAGAAGUUUUGGGAGUUAGAAGCAAUUUCCACUGGGCCUGCACACUCAUCCGAAGAAAAUCGCUGUGAAGAGUUGUACUCCAGUACAGUCAAGCGUGAUUCGACUGGAAGGUACGUCGUACGUCUUCCUCACAAUGAAGAUCCAGAAGUCUUCCUGGGAGCCUCCAGAGCCAUCGCAGAACGCCGUUUUCACAGCCUGGAGCGCCGUUUGCAACGAGAUCCUGCAAUCAAGGAAUCGUAUCAUCGCUUCAUGGAUGAGUACCUACAGCUCGGUCACAUGAGAAGGCUUGACGAGCCUGUAGAUGACGUGAAGGCUCACUGUUAUCUCCCACAUCAUCCCGUGUUCAAGGAGUCGAGCACUACUACGAAAGUUAGGGUCGUUUUCGACGCGUCCUGCAAGACGGCGUCAGGGUAUUCGCUGAACGACACGCUGUUGGUCGGACCCGUAGUUCAGCAAGAUCUACUCUCCAUCGUGAUGAGAUUUCGGACACAUCACGUCGCUCUGGUUGCGGACAUCGAGAAGAUGUACCGGCAAGUAUUCCUGCAUCUUGAAGAUCAGCCGUUUCAGCGAAUUCUUUGGCGUACAGGCCCAGACGAACCCAUCGCUACCUAUGAACUGCAGACAGUAACGUACGGAACAGCAAGCGCUCCUUACCUAGCUACUCGUACCCUGCAGCAGAUUGCACAGGAUACCAGGCAGUCGUAUCCAAUCGCGAGUGGGCCAGUUAUGGAAGACUUCUACGUCGACGAUUUUCUUUCUGGAGCGCCGGACGUAGAAUCCGCCAUCAAGCUGCGUCGCGAGGCAUCGGCAAUGCUGGCUUCCGCUGGAUUACCGCUCAAGAAAUGGGCAUCGAAUUCUCCUGAAGUACUUGGGGAUGUACCACCUGAUGAUGUGGCAAUUCAGCCGUUCCACAAUCUUCAGGAUGACCAGGCCGUCUCCACGCUCGGCCUCAUUUGGGAACCAAAGUUGGACAUACUCCGGUUCAAGGUUCAGUUGCCGUUAGCCGCAUCCGUACUGACGAAACGCAAGGUGAUGUCGUACAUCGCCCAAAUCUUCGACCCUCUUGGACUCGUGGGUCCAACGAUCACCAAGGCCAAACUCUUCAUGCAGCGACUUUGGGCUCUGAAGCAGAAUGGCGAAGCAUGUGAAUGGGACACGCCGCUCCCGUUUACACUCCAAGAAGAAUGGAAACUGUUCCAUAACACACUACACCUGUUGAGUGAAGUUCGCGUACCCCGCUUCAUUUCGAUGCCCGACGCCGCCAGCAUCCAGCUUCACUUCUUCUGCGAUGCGUCUGAGCGCGCAUAUGGGACAUGCUGUUACGUCCGAACCGAAGCACACGGCACAGUUUCGGUCCAGUUGUUGGCGUCCAAGUCCAAGGUAGCUCCGCUUUCUACUCGCCAGACAAUCGCCAGACUGGAACUCUGCGCCGCACAUUUGUCGACCCAGCUGUACAAGAAGCUGAACGCGACGCUGAAGCUUCCAGCGACUGUUCAUUUCUGGACAGAUUCCACGACUGUCCUCCAAUGGCUUCGCGGGAACCCGAGUCGUUGGAAGACUUUCGUCGCAAACCGAGUCUCGCAGAUACAGCUUUCAACCGAUCUCAACCGCUGGAAGCAUAUUCCUGGAGUCGACAAUCCUGCUGACGACAUAUCCCGAGGAUUGAGUCCAACCGACAUCCUCAACUGUACAGGAUGGUGGGCUGGGACACCGUGGCUAUCAAGGUCUCCGGAUUUUUGGCCAAAUCCAACGUUACCCGCAGCAGAAACUCCUGAAGUGUCCGCCGAAGGACGCAAGAUACCACUAGUUUCCAUGACCACGACACAACUGAGUUUCUGCACCGAUUUAUUCGCUCGCUACUCCAACUUCUCCAAGCUGCGCCGAGUGACCGCGUUCAUUCAGCGCUAUCUGCACGUGCUUCGUGAACGAGCCUCGCAACGUCGUUCGGAAAAGGAGAAGUACAAGCCACUCGUCAUCCCGAGCAUUAACCCGCACCCAGUCCAUCCGCUUACCGCACAAGAACUCCAACACGCCGAACUUACGCUCUGUCAUCUCGCGCAGGGUGAACUUUUCGUUGAGGAGAUUUCCGAUCUCGCUAGUGGCGAACGUGUCGCAAGAUCUUCCACGCUGAAGUGGUUGAACCCGUUCGUCGAUCCCGAAGGCACCGUACGUGUCGGUGGCCGGCUUCGCAAUGCCGCGCUGACCGAUGCGAAGAAACACCCGAUCGUCCUCUCUGCCAAGCAUCCGCUCGCUGUUCUGUUGGCUAGUUUUUAUCAUAUGAAGCUACUGCACGCAGGCCCUCAACUCCUGCUAGCCACUCUCCGCCAGAAGUUUUGGAUUCUGGGCGGCAGAAAUCUUGUGAAAUCCGUCUUUCAUCGUUGCCACACUUGCUUCCGUAGCAAGCCCACACUAGUCCAGCAGAGUACAGCAGAUCUUCCGGCAUCGAGAGUAUCUCCAACCCGGCCGUUUUCCGUCUGCGGAGUCGACUAUUGCGGACCGUUCUAUUUGAAGUCCGCUGUCCGCAACCGUGGCCCAACGAAGGUGUACGUGCCCAUAUUCGUCUGCUUCUCUACGAAGGCAGUUCACAUCGAGCUAGUGAGCGACCUGUCUACUCCAGCGUUCCUAGCUGCACUCCGUCGUCUGGUCGCCCGCAGAGGAAAGGUGGUAGAGUUGCACUCUGACAACGCUACCGCUUUCAAAGGUGCAUCGAAUGCACUGAACCGCAUCUACCGCAUGCUGAAGGUCGAUGUGUCUGAUCGGAAUCAGAUCUUCGACUGGUGCUCCGACAACGAAAUUCGCUGGAAGUUCAUCCCACCUCGAGCACCACACUUUGGCGGUCUUUGGGAGGCUGCAGUGAAGUCAGCGAAGACACACCUGUUGAAGGCAAUCGGCAACGUGAACGUUGCGUACGAGCAAUGCUCACACUGCUGGCGCAGAUAG